AUGUUGCAGUACUUGUACUGGAAAAAAUGUCAGCCGCUAGAGGGCGACUGUGCAUUUAAUCCUAAACUGUCCAUGCGCCCUCUAAUGAGGAACUGGAAUGAAGCAGCUGCCACGCGGAGAGACAAUUUUGACUAUGAGAAUGGUCGAGGUCGUGGUAACGUGAAGAUUGAUGAAAAUAUCACAGAAGAGUAUCGGUUGAUGGAGCCAGUUGUGCCAGAUCCUGUAGCUGCUCCUCAGAAUAACGCCAAGCCCGCGAUGCAGAAGAUGUUGGCUACCAUCCCUGCCUUAUGUGCUCAGAGAACAUUGGAGAUGUUUAAUAAGGAAGGCGUGACUUACAAACCGGCAGCCACACCGGUUUCCGGUAACAUGGAGGACCAGGAAGAUGUCAACUCUUUCCGGAACGGGCCUCGUGAUAAAAAAGAGUUCAUGUACAAGGAAGAGAGUGAUUCAGCAGGAGGUGGAAAUUCUGAGGCUGCUAAGAAUGGUACUGCAAAGAAUACAAAUGAUGUUUUGGGCACACCUGCCAAGGCUAGUGGACUGAAAGGUACUCCACCAGAAAAGCCAUUUGGCGAUGUUGGUAGCACACCGGAUAAUCCGUUCAUCAUUGAAAAUGCUGAUCCGGUGACAUCAGAUUCAGAAAUUGAUCUUGACGCAGUAACUAUUAGCAAGUUCAUAUCUAAAUCAAAGGAACAUGAGUUGGCUGGGAAGAGGAAGCGAACAAUUCCCAAAAAAAUUCAAUCUCCCUAUGCUCUAGACAGACGCACCAAGCGUCAAGUCCGUGGUUCAUCCACAAAAGCUCUGAAUUUCGAUGACAAACCUGGAGCAGAUACAAAUGCAAAACCGGAUGCAUCAUGUGAGUUGACGCCUGAACUAGUAGAUGCAGCUAUAGUCUUCCUCGAGCUUGCAUCUCGCUCAGACCAACACAAAAAAAAGAAUGUCUACCGGAGUGCCAGGGGUGAUGAAGUUAACGCUGAACGUCUACGCGUUGUUAUCGACGAAAGAUGGCUUUCAGAUGAUGUCAUAGAUGCUUACAUAGGGCAUUUGGAACUCCGUGUUGGGGAUGAUCGAUUCUUGUGUCCAGCAUGGAGAUCCAAAUUUCUAGUAGACCGGGCAAAUGCGGGAGACAAACCCAAAGAAUCCAGCAAGAACAUGGAUAGCGCGAUGGUAAGAUCUGGCUCGGUCGGUAGAGUGGUGACGGAAUACACCGUCCGUGACAAGGUUUAUUUUCCACUCAACAUUGGCAAUACACACUGGACGACCGUUGUCAUGCACACACCGAAGCAAGAAUUCCAAGUUCUCGACUCGCUUUAUCCUCUAGAGUUUACGUUGGAGACUGUUGAGGCACUUCGGCGCCAAAUUGCAGACGACAUGCACGUGGCCAACGAAGUCACGAGUGGAAAUCAUCCCGACGUUUCAAAGUGGCCGAUAUUAGAGUACGACAUGCCGCAGCAACAUGACGGGAACUCUUGUGGAUUGUUUGUGAUGGAAUGCAUGGAGCAUUGGGAUGGGGAUCGGAUGACUGCAGAGAUAUCACAGAUCAAAAUUAAUGCAAGGCGAAGAUGA